AUGGGAGAGUCCUCUGUCCUGGCCUCCUGGGUCAAUCGCCGUGUCAUGAUGAUGGAUGAGCAGGAGGCCCUGAACUCCAUCAUGCAGGACUUGGCCGAACUGCAUCGCUCCAGCCGUCCUGCGACUUUCUUGUCGGACUUGGGGAAACCCAAAGCCUCCUCACCCAAGAACCAGAACGAUGUGAGAGUGAAGUUUGAGUUCAAAGGAGAGAAGAGGAUCCUGCAGUUUCCUCGACCUGUCAAGCUGGAGGACCUGAAGACAAAAGCCAAAGUGGCUUUCGGUCAAACAAUGGACCUGCACUAUUCCAACAAUGAGUUGGUGAUCCCUUUAACAACCCAGGAUGAUCUGGACAAGGCUGUCGAGCUGCUGGAUCGCAGUGUUCACAUGAAGAGCCUAAAGAUCCUUCUGGUGCUCCAGACCCCUUCUUCCAACAUGGACCUCUUGCCGUCCCAUGAGGAGCUGGACAACACGGGAUUCAGGACUAUAGGUUCCCGUUCAACAGACCGCAGCUCUCCUCCUCCCGGAUACAUUCCCGACGCUCUCCAGCAGGUGGCGAGGAACGGCUCCUUCACCAGCAUCAACAGCGAGGGGGAGUUCAUUCCUGAGAGCAUGGACCAGAUGUUGGACCCGCUGUCUAUGAGCAGUCCAGAGAACUCGGCGUCUGGCAGCUGUCCCUCUUUAGACAGUCCUCUGGACAGUGACUAUCCUAAAUCCAGGAUGCCCAGAGCACAGAGUUACCCCGACAACCACCAGGACUUUCCAGAGUACGACAUCCCCGUGUUUGAGAAGUCUGGGAAGGGGGGGACGUAUCCUCGCAGAUACGGUAUUCCCUUCGGCCUGCAGGAUUACAGUGACGGCAGGAAGACCUUCCCUCGGGCCCGAAGAACUCAGGUUCACAGCUUCCGCUCUCCGGUCAGCUUCAGUCCGACGGAGCAGUCCCCCAGCACCAGCAGCGGCAGCAGCGUCUUCACACCCGACCUGGAGGAGGUCCCCGGACCCGUCAGGAGGCGGAGAGGCAGCGACAUCGAGCCAAGCCCCAACCCACCAACUGGACCAACCCUCUCCGUCAUGGACAUCAGCCCCCCCAGCCGCUCUCCACGGGCUCCAACCAACUGGCGUCUGGGGAAGCUUCUGGGUCAGGGGGCUUUCGGGAGGGUUUUCCUGUGUUACGAUGCCGAUACUGGGCGGGAACUGGCAGUCAAACAGGUCCAGUUUGACCCGGAGAGUCCAGAAACCAGCAAGGAGGUGAGUGCGUUGGAGUGUGAGAUCCAGCUGCUGAAGAACUUGUGCCACGAGCGGAUCGUUCAGUACUACGGCUGCUUGCGAGACACGAUGGAGCGAACGCUCUCCAUCUUCAUGGAGUACAUGCCAGGAGGCUCCAUCAAAGACCAGCUGAAGUCUUACGGAGCGCUGACGGAAAACGUGACGCGGCGCUACACCCGGCAGAUCCUGGAGGGGGUCUCCUACCUGCACAGCAACAUGAUCGUCCACCGGGACAUCAAAGGGGCCAACAUCCUGCGAGAUUCUGUAGGAAACGUGAAGUUGGGGGACUUUGGGGCCAGCAGGCGGCUGCAGACCAUCUGUCUGUCCGGAACGGGGAUGAAGUCUGUGACCGGGACUCCGUACUGGAUGAGCCCAGAGGUCAUCAGUGGAGAAGGGUACGGCAGGAAGGCCGACAUCUGGAGUGUCGGCUGCACCGUUGUAGAGAUGCUAACGCAGCGGCCGCCGUGGGCGGAGUUUGAGGCCAUGGCAGCCAUCUUUAAAAUUGCCACGCAGCCCACCAACCCGGUCCUGCCGGCCCACGUGUCGGACCACUGCAGAGAGUUUCUCAAGCGGGUCUUUGUAGAGACCAAGCAGCGGCCAUCUGCAGACGAGCUACUGAGGCACAUCUUUGUACAUUAACCUGAGAACUGAAGCCCUGCCCACCUGCAGAGCUGCCCAAUGGCGGCUCCUCCUCUGGCCACGCCCCUUCCUCCUAAACACUGAGACCACUUUGGAGCAGGAAGGACCGGCUGGAGUUAAGUGGGCGGUUCUGUCACAGAGGACGUGAUUUUUAGUUUUUCUCGGCAACGUGCACCUUAUUUUCUGAACUGCGGAGAAAUCGAGCACUUUCUCCCGAAGACGAGUUUUGUUUUGUUUAAAUGUUUGUACCGUUUCUCUCCUCAAACCUUCUGGAGCGGGACGUGUCAGUGUUGUGGAC